AUGGAGGUCAGCGUGAAGGCUGCUCUAGGACUCUCCCUCACAGGCAUGUCUGGCCUCAGCCUGGUAUCCCCUGCCUGGUUCCAGAGCCCGUCCCUCUCCUAUGGUGUUUUCAUGCACUGCUCCUGGUCACGGGAUAACCGCUGGAACCAGAGCUGUAUGACCUUCGGGUCCCUGAAGGACAUGCCAGGCUUGGCCUGGAAGGUCUCUGCUGCAACGCUCCUGGGAGGCUGGGUCCUGCUGGCCAUUAGUGCUCUUCUUCUUUUGGCCUGGGCGCUGUCUUCGAGAAGAUUAUAUCCCAGGAGGGGCUCUGGUCCAACACCCAUGGUGCAGGCAGCAGCAGCAGCCUCCACUCUUGUAGGUCUGUUGGUUUUUCCAGUCACUCUGGCUUCCUCAUUAGCCAAAGAAGUCUGUGAAGGCUCCUCCGUGUACUACAGUGGAACAUGCCAGCUGAGCUGGGGCUAUGCCACUGCCAUUCUCAAUGCGGUCCUGACCAGCCUGCUUGUUGUCAUCGGAUGGCCUCGGAUGACCACAAGCCAGAGGACAGCCACCCCCACCCCUUGUGACACUCAGGGAAUCACGCUUGUAUGGAGACCCCUUCCUCUAGCCUUGCCAGCAUACACGCACCACACUCUCUCUCUCCCUGAGGCCCUCAGGCCAUGUACAAUUAGAGCAGAACUGGGUACAGCUGGUUGGGAGGAAGGGCUAGACAUGCCAGGAAAGAGCCCAUGA